AUGGCUAACCUCCAGGAACAGUACCAUCACUUUUGUUCAGAAAACUUACGGAACCCUAACCCUUUUAUACUGGAUAUACUCCAAAAACUGGAUGAAGAAAUUAAAAAGGGACCAGAGGAAGGAAUCACAUUAAAUAUUGCUGGUAAUAACCGCUUAGUCCCAACACAAAGAAUGACAGGUGAAGAUUUUUGGCUUCUUUCCAAAGUUUUAGGUAACCUGACGUGUAUCACUGGCCUGGAUGUGAAAUAUAACCUCAUAGGUGAUGUCGGUGCCUACUACGCUGCAAAACUGCUUCAGAAACAGCCAAGUAUCACUUACUUAAACCUCAUGUUUAAUGAUAUUGGACCUGAAGGUGGAGAAUUGAUUGCUAAAGCACUACAUAAAAACAAAACUCUCAAAUACUUGAGAAUGACGGGAAAUAAGAUUGAAAAUACGGGUGGCAUGUUUUUUGCUGCCAUGCUGCAGAUUAACUCGUCCCUGGAGAAACUGGACCUGGGCGACUGUGACCUGGGACUGCAAAGCGUGAUAGCAUUUACCACAGUGCUGACUCAGAACAAAGUGAUCAAGGCGAUAAACCUGAACCGACCUAUACUGUAUGGAGAACAGGAGGAGUCUACAGUUCACAUGGGCCACAUGCUGAAAGAAAAUCACGUCCUUGUUGAGCUGCACAUGUGUAAACAUGACAUGAGAAAUUUUGGCCUGCAGCAGCUGUGCGGUGCACUGACUCUGAACAGCAGCCUGCGCUACCUUGAUGUCAGCUGCAAUAAAAUAACUCGCGAUGGAAUGGUGUAUUUGGCCGAGGUACUGAAAAGCAAUACUACCCUGGAAGUAAUAGAUCUUUCUUUUAACAGAAUAGAAAACGCAGGUGCAAAGUACCUCAGUGAAACUCUAACUUCCCACAACAGGAGUCUUAAAGCAUUGUCCGUAGUGAGCAACAAGAUAGAAGGCGAAGGGCUCAUUGCACUUUCACGGUCGAUGAAAACAAACCUCGUAUUAUCUCAUAUCUACAUUUGGGGGAAUAAAUUCGACGAGGCUACAUGUGUGGCGUAUUCAGAUUUGCUGGAGAGUGGCCGGCUAAAGCCAGACAGUACAGAUGUGGAGCCAUACGUGGUGGAUGGACGUGUCUACCUCGCAGAGGUCUCCAAUGGCCUUAAAAGGCAUUACUACUGGUCACCAACUUACGGCAAUGCUUACGACCACUCGUCUAACGCAGGCUUUGCUCUUGUUCCAGUUGGGCAACAUCUAUAA